AUGCCUUUUGGGCUAAAGAAUGCCGGUGCAACAUACCAGAGACUAAUGAAUAAAAUUUUCAAAGAGCAGAUCGGUAGGAAUAUCGAGGUGUACGUGGAUGACAUGGUUGUCAAAAGCUCAACUUUCCAGCAACACUUGAUGGAUCUAAGAGAGGUGUUUGAGGUGCUAGAGCGAUACAGGAUGAGGUUGAAUCCGGCAAAAUGCGCUUUCUUCAUUAGGGGAGGAAAGUUUUUGGGAUACAUGGUGAGCGGAAAAGGAAUUGAGCCCAACCCAGAAAAGGUGGAAGCCAUAUUGAAAAUGCCUGAGCUGACCUGUGUAAGGGACGUCCAAAGAAUUACUGGAAGGGUGGUGGCGCUCAACCAUUUCAUGUCGAGGUCGGCCGAAAGAUGCUUGCCAUUCUUCAAGAAGCUAAGGAAAGUUCCGAACUUCGAAUGGACUAAAGAUUGUCAAGAAGCCUUCAAAGAGCUCAAGUGCUAUCUUAGCUCGUCACAUGUGCUUAGUAGUUCGUUGGAAGGGGAAGAGCUCUUGAUCUACUUGGCAGCCUCAGAGCAAGCUGUUAGCGACGUACUGAGCCAUCAAGGAGUAGUGAUGACAGACCAGCCGUUGAAGAAAAUCCUACAUAGACCAGAAACUUCAGGUCGAAUACUCGCAUGGUCCAUCGAGAUUAGUCCUUACUGUUUAGAAUACCAACCUCGCACCACUAUAAAAUCUCAAGCUCUUGCGGACUUCAUAACAGAGUGCUCUUUCAACGAAAAACAAGCAGAAUUGGGUAAGACAUCCUCAGAAAAUAUAGAGGGUGAGAGAGAGAGGCAGCCCUCUCGGGAAUUCAACUGGAAGCUGUAUGUAGACGGAGCAUCCGGAGCUGGGGGCAGCGGUGCGGGGAUAAUGCUGAAGGGCCCUGAAGGGUUCAAAGUCUGCUAUGCUCUACGCCUGGAGUUCAGCGCCACUAACAAUGUAGCAGAAUAUGAAGCCCUAAUGAACAGGAUGAUGAUCGCAGCGGAAGUAGGGGCAAUUGAUCUCGAGGUAAAUAGCGAUUCCCAGUUGGUAAUCGGUCAGGUAACGGGGGCAUAUCAGGCAAAAGACCUAACCAUGCAGAGCUACUUGGCGAAGGUCAAGGCAAUAGAAGCUGAGUUACGAGGUCGGGAGAUCGCGAUAAGAUACCAGAGAAUACCUUGGGAAGAAAAUGAAGAGGCAGACCUGCUCAGUCGAUUGUCUAAAGAGGAGGUAGAACAUCUCCCGGAUGAGGUAUAUAUACAACAUGUCAGCGCUCCUGCCUUUGACAAAGGGAACGCUAUAAUGGAAGUAGAAGAAGGGCGGAAUUGGAUGACCCCAUACCUCGACUAUUUGGAAAGAGGAAAACUUCCCGAAGAUAAAGUUGAAGCCAAGAAAAUUGCAGCUCGGGCUGCCAACUACCAGGCAAUGAGGAGAACUUUAUACCGAAGAGGGAAGUCCAGUCCGUGGCUCCGGUGUGUAAGUCCGGAGGAAGCUAUAAGGGUGAUGGAAGAAGUACACCAAGGAGUGUGCAGAGCUCAUGAAGGAGCUGGGACACUAGCAAACAAAAUAUUCAGACAAGGAUACUACUGGCCCACUGUUAAAAAAGAGGCGGAGGAUUUUGUCCGAAGAUGCGAUGUAUACCAGAGGUUUGCCAAUGCCAUCAAUGUUCCAGCCACCCCUCAGUCCAGUAUAUCCAGCCCAUGGCCGUUCUCACAGUUUGAGAUACCAAGAGUGUUCAUAUCGGAUAAUGGUAGACAGUUUGACUGCAAGACCUUUAAGGAAUUCACAGAAAACAUGGGCAUAUGGCAUAAAUUCUCCUCGGUGGCCCACCCUCAAACCAACGGCCAAACAGAGGUCACUAACAAAGCUAUCCUCCAGGGACUGAAGAAGCGACUGGAUGGAGCAAAGGCAAAUUGGGCAGAUGAACUCAAUAGUAUCCUGUGGGCACUCCGAACCACCCCUAGGGCAUCCACCAAAGCGACACCUUGUGCACUCGCGUUUGGCACCGAAGCUGUAGUCCCAAUUGAGCUGCAAGUCCCUACUCAUCGAGUCUAA